GUUGUGAAGGACUAUAGUUCACUGACUACAAUUAUUUAGUCUUCAGGACAAGCUAUUCAUCUCUUCACCUUAAAGCUUAAAAGAAUUCAAAUAUUCCAUGAUCAUACACAGAAGCGAAAGUCACCUGAAUGUUUGAAUACUUUACUGGAAAAAAAAUACUGACUUAAUUAAAUCAAUACUUGAGAGUUUUGUGAUAAAUAUAUACUGUGUAUUUGGUAUAUGGAUUUAAUUUACCUUACGAUUGAAUGAUUAGCAGGCUGUCAUAGUUAAUGGAUUACAUCUUGUACUGUGACUUUGGGAUGUGUAUUGCCAUGUCAAUUUCUUAAUAUUUUUAUGAUCUAAGCAUUUAAAAAUUACAGGUCUGCUACACAUAAUACAACAUUCUCUGCCUAAGAAAAAGUAAAAUCAUUUUAGCAAUGACAAAAGCGAUCAAGAUGGUUUAGUCAAAAUUUCGAAGGUUUAAUAUGGGCGGCAUUGCGUCACAAAAAUUACACAGAAUGCAUCAACCAUGACCAGCAGCAUGACGUUACAUUUCUUAUUCUAUCUUGGGAUUAUUAUACCAGCUAUCAUAACAUUAGUCCUGUUUGUGAUAUUUCUAUUUUUUCUGCGUAAAAACAGAAUCCGCAAAGAGAUUAUGACUAAAAAACAUGACCCUCAUCGUAAAUUUGCGAAAAAGAGGGAAAAAGAUGAUUACAAGAGUGCCAAAUUAAUAGAAAGUGAAAAAUACUGGAGUUCGAAUCGGUCAUGUCAUUCAGGAGAUUAUGCAGAACACAAUGAGGCAUUUGAUGCCAGUCCUGAUAUACCAGGAAAUGAAAAUAAGUCCAUGUACAAUACAUUCCAUGAUAGCGGUAUGUCUGAUCUUAGUGAAACUCAGUACAAGUUUGAAUGUGAUCGGCCAAUCUCUCAAGCAUCCACAGAUUCUGAGGAUUCAGGCUUUCGUAGUUCUCGGUCAGGACAAUAUAUUCACAGUGCACAAAACAGCACAGGAAAUGACAAAGAUACUCCAGUAUUCAAACCCAUCUGCAGUGAGAGAGAACGCGCCUCUGCAAAUGCUUCUCUCAAUGACUGUGAACAAAUUAAACGCAUCCAAUCUAGUCGCCACUCAUAUCCAAUUCAAAAGAAAAAAUCGUCUCAUCCACGUCACCAUGGCAACAGCAGACACAAUCAAAGAGAUAUAGACUUGAACGAAAUAGAAACAGAUCUAAAAUCAGUGCCAAUUUCUACAAUUACCCAGAAUUCGUAUCAUAUGCCAAUGCACCAUCUACCGCCACCACCGAUGUGUCAUUCCAGUGACACUACUGUUCCUGUGUCGUUUUCAUCGCAACACCAAUAUGGACCUGUACAAAUGACACCAUUAUUGACUAGCAUAUCAAAAUGUUCUUAUAUGUCAACAACUCCCACCCACGGAUUACAGUCACUCCCAAAUCCACACAAACAAACUGUUACCACGGCAAUGGUACACCACAGACCUAAUAUUGACAUACGGCACAAUGCUAUGUCAUUUUCAGUGGUGUAGCGAUGGAUCUUUCGUUACUUUUUCGUUCGUGUUCCGUUCUGAUUGAGAUUGUAGAUAUGUAAAUUUAGCAUGUGAAACAUGAAUAUUUAAAUUUCUACAUAGUGCAUGGUGUGUGUAUAUUGUAUAAGUUAAUUAACAAGUUAUUUUUUUAUGUUUUUAAAAAACAUAACUGCAUUUCGAUUGAGAAUACAGUAGUGCCAGGUAUAAUGUGUGUGCGUGUUUGAGCAAGUGUUUUAGUCCAGGAUAUUUAUGCAUUGAUAAUUGCAUGUGAAACUAAAAGAGAACAUUCCAAUUAGUCGUUUUCAUAACAUGGAUCAAGAUAUAAAACGAGAAAAUAUUUUAUCUUUCUCAUAAUAUUUUUACAUUUCACAUAACAGUAAUUUUGCGGCUGGAUUAUGUUUUUAAGAAAGAAUGUGAAUAAACUGAAUCGAAAAAUCUGCUCUGAAAUGGAUAUUAUCUCAGAUACGAAUAUUUAUAUUUUACCAGUAAAUUAUAAAAGUGCUAAAGUAUUGUUGGAAGUAUUUAAUGAUGAAACUGAUCUUGUUGGAUUUUUCCUGGAUAUAUCAUUUAUCUACUUUUCUAAACUUACUGAGCUCAAGGAUAUUGCAAUACAGACAUUUGUCAAACAAAAAAUGUCUAUUGAGAAUAAGUUGAAUGGAGAAUGAGAGCAAACUAUAGUUUUCCUUUCAGUCUCUAUGAUAUUUGUGUAGUCAAUAGUAACUAUUCCCUUUAAUGUAAAGGACAAACAAAAUGAAUGACUGUCAGGAACAGACAACUCUUGUCAGAACAAUUUUUUAUUGGGCUUUCAUUGAAAUAUUAUAUUGUAUGAUCUGUAUAUUACAAAAGAAGGAUUUUUGAAAUCCUGACUUAUAUGAUCAAUUCGUCAAUACAAUUUUAAAAUAUUGAAA